AAGAAGCUAGCAACAGGAGUAAGAGAACCGUUUGAUGGAAGAAAAGAAAAGGAAAAAACAAGAAGAAAACAUCAAGAAAGACACUACUCAGAAAAAGUGCCAGAGCCUGCUCCCACUAAAACCAGUCCCGGUUUACCCCGCCAUCACCUCCGCCCGGCCAGCCCUGCCACCCUCUCCUCCUCGUCUCCUCCUACCGGCAAUGGCAAAUCUGCCUUGUCCAUUGUCCAGCUCCAGAGUCAGACCUCUUCUUCGCCGCAGUGCCAGUUGUCCUCUGUCAGUGCUCGCUACCCACCCAGAGAGGUGCCCCCGCGCUUUCGCCAACAGGAGCAGAAGCAGCUACUGAAGAGAGGGCAGCCGCUGCCCCCCGGAGCGCUCGGCGUGCUCACGCUCCCAUCCUCCUCAGCGUAUUCCACUACUGCUACCAGCAGUACCAACUCUGCCACCACCACUGCGGGCAAGAGACUCACAGAUACCCCACCGAGCGGCGUGGGGACCCAGCAUGAGACGUCUCAUUGGGGAGCUUCUUCACAUGUUGACAGCUCCUUCAGUGCCAACACCUGGGACAAAGUGAUUAUCGACGCGAGUGACACAGUCUCUUGGCCUUCAAUCAGAGGCAGUAGUGACCCUAGUCACCCUUCUGCAGCAGAAUGCCCCUUGGGCUCAGCUAGUUCUGACCACGACACCAGUGCCGGCUCUACCACAGAGUGCAGUAGUUUCCUGAGUAUGGCCACAGGUGCCGCAGGCCAGCAGGCCCACUACCCCUCUCUGAAAUCAAACAAUAACAUGAUGACCGGACCUGGGUCUGCCAGCACCUUAAGCGGGAGCAGAGGAUGGGGCUCAGAGGGAAAACCGGAUGCUAUGAAUGGUGGUCGAAUGGGAGCGCCCAAUAACUGGGGCUCCUCCAAUUUUAAUUUAAACCUCAAUCCUAACGCCAACCCCUCAGCCUGGCCUGUUCUGGGUCAUGAGGGCAGCGGCACUAACGGCCCCAGCGGGCUGUCUAACUCUUCAUCUCUUACACCAGGUAUCAAGAGCAAUGCAAAUAUCGGGGGACCUGAUGUAAAUGGUGGAGGGUGGGCUGGCAUGAUGAGUGCUAAAGAAAUGGAUCAGCAGCACCCUACAACCAACACCUGCUUGUCUUUUAAUAUGGAACCUGCAAACCUUAAUUCUGACGGACCAAACCAUACUAAGCAACAACAGCAAUCUCAGGAGCCAAUGAGCCCUAUCCACGGGAUGACCGGGUGGGGAGGCCAGUCUCCCACAGAAUCAUCUCAGCUCAAUGGGGACACAACAGGCAGCUCAGUAUGGGGAAGUGGGGACACUAAGGCAGCUGACUCCCCCAAAGACUCUGGCUGGGACUCCAGCUCAUCCGGAGCCCUCUCUGCCUGGGGCCGUCAAGGCAGUGGGACAGGGAGUAACGGAGGCAGUGGAUGGGGGGACUGGGGAAAGUCCUCUGGAGGAGAUGCACCCAAAGCCUGGGACUCCAUUGAUGCUGGAAGUUCAGGCUCAGGCCAAGAGCAGCCGCUGAGCUCAUGGGGCCAGCAGCCGGGCACGGCUCCAGCCAGUGAGGGCAGUGGAGACAGUAGUGAGGGGCGAUCUCGCUGCAGAGAUAGGUCCUACAGCAUGGAAAUUGCUCCUGUACUUCCAAGGCAAGAUCUGGACCCUCGGGUUUUGAGUAAUACUGGCUGGGGACAGACCCCCAUUCGACAGCACACUGUGUGGGAGAUGGAAGAGGCCAGCUCCGAUGAUUCAAAAAGCUGCAGCAGUUCAGAAACCUUAGGCAGCUCUGGCUCUAAUCAUGCAAACUCUCCCACAUGUGGCGGAAAUGUAAUCACCAACAUGGGGCCUGGUCCGAGGCCAGGGUCCGGAGGAAAGAACGACAGUGAUGUGUCAGUAUCUUCAAACUGGGGAGGUCCUCAGCCAAUGCAGAGUGGAUCAGAGUGGACUGAUCCUCCCCAGUCCAAAGCCCAAAAUGGCACCACCAGUGGAUGGGGAGAACCUAUGCCGGCCAGUGGUCCUAAAAGUGGAGGCUCUACCUCUUGGGGGUCUGAGGACAAGUCACCCAGUUGGGAUGACGGUAUGACAAAAAGUCAGCCUACUACUUGGACUGAGGGUUCCUCAGGCGGCCAUGGAUGGGGAAAUGGUAACGGGAGCUUGAAUGGCUCCAGCACAGGGGAAUGGGGAGAGCCAGAGGGCAAGAACAAUGGGAACUCCAGUAGCAUGUGGGAGGGAGAGGGUGGCAAUGGGGGAGGUUCUGGGUGGAAGGAGAGUCCUCGAGCAGGAAAUCGAGGUGGUAGCUGGGGCAAACAAGCUCCAGCAGUGAAUAAUAGUUGGGGCGAUACGUCACGUACCAAUGGCCCAGUUCAGGGAGGCUGGGGCUCCUCCAAACCUCAGGAGAGCAGCAGUAGCAGCACAGGCAGUGGAGGAGGUGGUAGCAUUGGUUCCUGGGGUGGUCCCAGUUCUGUGAAGCAGAACAACUCUAACUGGGGUAAUGCCAAUAAAGUGGAUCAGGGCAUGGAGCCAACUGGCUGGGAAGAGCCUUCUCCUCCCUCCAUUCGAAGGAAGAUGGAGAUUGAUGAUGGAACAUCCACGUGGGGUGAUCCAAACACGUACAACAAGUCUGUCAACAUGUGGGAUCGCAACAAUCCCACUGGUAACUCCGGAAACAGUGGACCACCGCCCAAUAAGAAUGGUGGAAUAAUUUUACCCAAUAACAACAACAACAACCACCCUGUGGGGAACAGCAGCCACCACCACAGUCACCACAUGCACCAUCACCCUCAUCACGGCCCGCCCCCAACUCACCUCCAGCACCAUGGAAACAACGGCUCGCCCAACAACGGGGCCUCUCAUCCAGGAGCGGGCCCCCAAAGACCACCUAUCUCCAACCCAGGAUGGGGAGAGAUUCCUAAUGUUCAGCCCAAGUCAGAGCCUGCCUGGGGGGAGCCGGCAGCUCCCACUUCUGCCGUGGACAAUGGCACCUCUGCUUGGGGGAAGCCACCAGGAGGAGUCGGAGGGUGGGGAGAUGGUGGACAUGAGUCCUAUGGCAGGGCCAACGGGCCCCCUGGUUCUGCCCCCUGCAAAUCAGGCCCUAAACCUAUGCAAGAUGGCUGGGGAAAUGGAGGAGAGGAGAUGAAUAUGUCAACCAGCCAAUGGGACACAGAGGAUGGGGACAUGUGGAACAGUCCUACAUCCCAGGAGAGCAAUUCUUCUUGCAACUCUUGGGGCAAAAAGGGUCCAAACAAGGGCAAGAUGGCUAACAAGCCAGAUGAAGCUUGGAUCAUGAAUCGUCUGAUCAAACAGCUGACUGACAUGGGCUUUCCGAGAGAUCCUGCUGAAGAGGCAUUAAAAAGCAACAACAUGAACCUUGACCAGGCGAUGAGUGCCCUUUUGGAGAAAAAGACCGACCUGGAUAAGAGAGGCAUGGGCCUGUCCGAUUACAGUAACGGCAUGAACAAACCCCUGCUGUGCCGUCCCUCUAUACUCUCCAAAGACCCCUCCGAUCGCACUACCUUUCUCGACAAGGAUGGUGUUCUGUCCGAUGAUUCUCCUUCAUCACCAUUUCUGCCUUCCCCUGGCCUGAAGCUCCCUCUGGCCAACAGUAGCCUUCCAGGGCAGGGUCUGGGACAGGGCGGCCCGGGGCUGGCAAUGCAAAACUUGAACAACAGACAGAUACCGAGUGGAAUGUUUGGCAGCAGUGGAGCAGCACAAACCCGGGCCAUGCAGCAGCAGCCUCCACAGCCAACAGUGCCACCGCUCAGCUCCUCCCAGAGUCUACGUGCUCAAGUGCCUCAGUUUCUCUCCCCUCAGGUCCAAGCACAGCUCUUGCAGUUUGCAGCAAAAAACAUUGGUCUGAAUCCUGCACUUUUAACCUCACCAAUAAAUCCUCAACAAAUGACUCUGCUAUACCAACUUCAGCAACUCCAAAUGGCAUACCAGCGUUUACAAAUCCAGCAGCAGAUGAUGCAGGCACAACGCAAUGUUUCUGGCCCCAUUAGACAACAAGAGCAGCAAGUUGCACGUACAAUCACCAACAUGCAGCAGCAGAUCCAGCAGCACCAGCGUCAGCUGUACCAGGCGCUGCUGAUGAAGCAGCAGCAACUUCCUUCUCACUCCUCCAACUCUUCCUCCUCUGCCGGCCUGCACCCCCCAGGUCCUCCUGGAGGCCCCAGCAAAUCAUCCCUGGACCCUUUCUCUGGCUCCCACCAGGCCCCCGGCCUCGCCGACACACUGCACACCAAAGAGCCUCCGUCUUCUCCCAACGCCUACAACUCCUAUCCUCUCACUGGACUGAAUCCGAACAUGAAUGUAAACUGCAUGGAGGUGGGGGGCCUGUCCCUGAAGGAGCCCCCUCAGCCUCAGUCCCGUUUGUCCCAGUGGACACACUCCAAUGCCAUGGAUAACUUAUCCAGCAAUGCCACUAACAUGGACAGCAACCUCAAUAAACAUGGUGCCAUAACUGCUGCCUCUAGUCUGGGCCCUCCUGGGAAGGCCCCUCAGCUGGAGGACUCCUACAGCCCUUAUAACCUAAUGUCCUCGUCUGAGGCUUCCUCCAGCCCCCUGGUCACUCCGGACAGCUGGGGCCAAGGCAAGAGCCCCAAUGAAAAGAUUUCUAAUGGCAACAACAUUAACUGGCCUCCAGAGUUCUGCCCUGGCGUGCCAUGGAAGGGCCUUCAGAACAUUGACCCUGAGAAUGACCCCAACAUGACCCCCGGCAGCGUCUCAACUGGUCCCACCAUCAACACUAACAUUCACGACGUCAAUCGAUACCUUUUACGGGACAGGAAUGGGGGGCCCAUCUCCCAAAGCCAAGGCUCUCUGUCCCAUGAGCUGUGGAAAGUUCCCCCAGGGCCACGGAACAGCACCGCCCCCUCCCGCCCCCCGCCCGGCCUCACCAACACUAAGCCCGCCUCCACCUGGGGCGGCACCUCCCUGGGACUGGCCCAGGGCUGGAGUGGCUCCUACUCCUCUGAGGGAACGACUUGGAGCACGGACAGCACCAACAGGACCAGCAGCUGGCUGGUUCUGAGGAACCUCACUCCACAAAUCGAUGGUUCCACUCUGCGGACUCUGUGCAUGCAGCACGGCCCCCUGAUCACAUUCCACCUCAAUCUGACCCAGGGCAAUGCCGUGGUCCGCUACAGCUCCAAGGACGAGGCCGCCAAGGCCCAGAAGUCUCUGCACAUGUGUGUGCUUGGAAACACCACCAUUCUGGCAGAGUUUGCUGGUGAAGAGGAGGUGACCCGCUUCUUUGCACAAGGCCAGUCACUAGGGUCCAACACCACUAGCUGGCAGGCUAACCAGGGAACCAAUCAAAACCGGAUGGGCGGAGCCACGCAGUCUCACACUAUUGGUCAGUGGAGCAGCGGCGGCGGCGGAGCGGGAGGCAGCGGAGGGGCCAAGACCAGCGGGGGCAGCGGCGAGCUGCUGUGGGGGAGCGUUCCACAGUACUCCAGUCUGUGGGGGCCUCCGAGCGGAGAGGACACGCACGUCAUCGGCAGCCCCACCCCCAUCAACACGCUGCUGCCUGGAGACCUGCUGAGCGGAGAGUCGAUGUAGAACCAUGCAACACCCAAACACCUACAGCCUCCUGCCACCGUCACAUGAAGCGACCGGUGCAGAGCAGGCGACAAACCAAUUCAGAAGGAACAGGAGCUAAAUCCAAGCAAAUCAUGUGGCGAUAAUCAGUAUCACUGUUUUGAACUAUGUCGAACUGUGAAUUGUAAAUCAGGAGACUGGGGUCCUCAUCACACAGACAACGAGCCUCCAGUUCUUUUGUUUUACCUUUUGUUGUUUUUGAGAAGAAAAUAUUUCUUCUUCUUUUUCCUUUUGAAGCAAACUGAAACGUGUACACAGAGGAGGCUGUGUAUUUGUUUUUUUUUCCAUAAGUAUACAACAUUCUGUGUGAAGUGUUCUAGGAGAAGCAAUCAAAGCUGCCAUCUGAGACUUUCCUUUGCCCCGGAAAAGAAAUCAUCCCAAAAGAAGACUUAAAACGACCAUUCCCAGCAUGUCCAUGGCCAAAGUCCAUGUGGUUCAAAGACCUUUACUAGCAAUGUUCUUGUUUGUUUCUCAGCACUAAUAUUAGCCUUAAGUGCUCUAUGGCCCAGGUUCUUCCCAAGCCGCCUUUAUUUGUUGGUAUUUUGUUUUUGUAACUGAGGAAAUUGCUAAAAUCUUGCACAGUUUUCACCUCUGAGCCAGAAAGUGGUACAGGACACAACUGCUGGCCCACGCAAGCCACCGGUCAGUAUGGAGGCCUGACCCGAGCGUCUGGUCCAACCAAUCAUCAGCGUCAACCUUCUUUUACUCCUUCAUCUCCUUAGUGUUUGUUUUUUUUUUUUUUGUAGGUCAACCCUGUCUGUGGAAAGUCCCCACACACGUAUAAGCUCACGGAUGUGUUUGUCCAGUGGCACUGAAUCAUGAACAAAUCCACGUACUUCAAGGAGACCAGUCCACGAGCUGGUGCUUACGUUAAAAUUUUGUAUUCGUUGUUAAUAAGAAGUCCAGCAGUUUGCUCGGUCUGCCAUGUGUGGAGGACGCAAUCCAAUUUGAACUUUACAGACAGUAUCAUUGUGCAAUAUGCCAUAGACUUCUUCUUCUUCUUCUUCUUCUUCCGUCCGUCCUCAACCACCGGCGUUUUAUUUCUUUUAUUUAUCCUUUUUUUUUUACUUGUUUUGGUGCAGCAACAAAAGACUUUGGAACUUCUCUUUUUAAAAACUCGGACUUAUCCUGGCCGCCAAUUCCUAUGAACUGUUGGGACGAGCUUGCAUAGAGGAAAGUGCAGCUGUUGAACUGAGCAUGCUUAAAACUGAGAAGUGAGACGCUUCCUCUGUGCACGCCGCAGCCACGCCCAACACAGACUGAAUCCUCCUGGGAUUGGCCGGUUCUGGCUCCCUGGCACAAUACCAAAUAAGAGGGGUUUCUCCUAAUGCAGUAGACCUACGAGUGUUCCUUGAGUUUGGUACUGUACAAACAGAAAGUAAUGACUUCUAUAAAUUCAAAGGGUUUUAUCAUAGCACUUAUGAAGAGCAAACUGCUUCAACUGCAAUCCAGUAAAUCAAAAAGGAGCAGCCAAAAAAAAAAAAAAACUUAAAAAAAACAAAUGAAAAAAACCAGCUGCUCUCGUGUACUGUAUGUAUUUGACGGCGGCGUUGUGUAAGGCGUUGGUCCUCUGGUAGCAGGCCACGAGAAACUGAAAUGUACCUUUUGAACUUUCGGGGGAAACGCCUGCAGUGUGGUGUUUUUCCUCUUUUGAACAAUAUCGAAGUGAAUAUCACUGUUACUCCAAAUGUUAAGCCUUGAUUAGUUUGGAGGCACUAGACUUGCAACAUUAGCUGUUUCAGACCCCGCUGGCCGCCAGUGGUCAGUGCGUGCGUCGGAGGUUGUGGGGAGCGGGUCGGUCCACGAGUGCCUCUCUGCUGUGGUCCGGGCUGCUCACGGAAUCCUCUUCAGUUUGGCAAGAAAACAACAGCUCGGCCUAAACGUGGCACCGUCUGUGGACGGCCCCUCCCCGCCGCCUCAGUCCUGUGACACAAAGAUCACUUUAGCUGGAUCAUGUAAUAGUCAUAUUUCUGGAAUUUUUGCCAGUGUAAUUUCUAUGAUGGUUUAUUUUCUUUAUUUUUUUUAUUUCGAUUUCUUUGUCAGUGUCUACAUGCAGUGGUAAAGCAAAAUAUUUGCUGCUGAACUAGCCCUUCACUGUUCAUAUGCAGAACACUUUGGUCAGAGGUGCCUCUGUAUGUUCAUCCUGUGUAUUGAUGCAAAACAAUACUACAGACCAUGAUCGAUUGUCUUUAUGUGAACCUGCUCAUGCUUUGUGUUUGACAGCGUCUGUAGUACUUCCAGGUAGUAGUUUUGAGAUGUGUAAAGAGUGGCUCACACAGGGUUGUAGCUGUUGGUUGCUCCACGCUGCUCCACCUGUCCGCAGGCUGCCCCCCUGUGCCCGCUGCCCCCUCCCUGUGUCCGCUGCCAAGCUGCUACGUUAUGACCUCCUCCUCCUCCUGCUCCUCCUCCUCCUGCUCCUCCUCCUCCUCCUCCUCCUCCUGCAGACCCAGUAGCCUCUCCCCCAUCAGGCACCCAAAGGCCCUCCAAUCUGUUUCUAUGCAAAAGACUAGAGGCUGGAGCAUGCCCCUCCUUUGAGGAGAAGCACUUGUAUCCCUGAGCCCUCCCGUACCGGCCGCACCAACACUGUUGAAACAAUGUCCACAUUUCUCUGGUCAGCCUUUGCCCCGCUCUGCGCUGACCGCACUAGUGUCCAGCUCGAUCUCAGGGUAGGGGAGUCGAUGAUACAAAGUAUGCUCUCCGUGAUCGUCCUUUUGACUGUGAGAGCGAUGUCUUACUCUUAAAGGCCAUGUGCACAACUUAAACACAGACCUCACGCCGAACAAACGUAAUUGGAAGGUGACAGGAGGAAAUGUCACGUCCUCAUUGUGGCCUACGGCACCAGGGGCCUGUACGUGCCAUCAUGUGCCAAUCCCUGUGAGGAGGAGCUUUGAAACACUGAGCAGAGGGCACAGCGGGGACAGAGGGAACAAAGACACGGGCCCAACGCUCCGUCCUGUAGACAUGUUUAUAUGCUUUGAGGGGACACUCACUUGUGGGUUCCAGUUUGCUACAGUGCACAGUUGAUGAUGGGUAAUCCCGGGUACAUAUUUUUUUAAAACCAAAAAUGAAAUUGCAUUUUAACGUCAUUUUUAUGAAGUUUGACAUAAAAUCUUAAAAAUGUUUAAAAAAUCUAAGUGUAAAAAAAAAAAAAGAUCUAUACUAUGUUAAUGCUCUGCACUUCUAGCUGAAACGUUUCUGGUCGUCAGUGUCGCUGCCACAUCCACUGGAGCUCGCUGACGGCUGGUGCCUUUUUGUGGACGCUAUAUUUAUCUUGUUUUGUUUUUGUGUCCUGCUCAAAGCGGACCCUCUGAACUGUACAUUUCCACAAACCCAGAUGACUUGGGCCCACUGUAUCAGCCUCACUCUUCUUACAGGAGAGGCUCAGACUUCAUGAGGUACAAAGUCUUAAAACAAAAGAAAAAAAAGAAACACGAAAACAGAAAACGGCUACCUUUCGGGGCUCUGCGUCCUGCAGCACACAAGCAAAAAUCACUAUUGCCUGUUUCUGUAACUGCCUUGAUCCAAGCUCAGACAGACCCAACAGCCGAGGACCUCCCAGCAUCUGUUCAACUGGAGAACCCUGACGUGACGGGGGUUACCCAUGCUGCACCAGCACCGAGAGGCUCCCCUCUCCACAUCUGUCAGCAGUAUCUAUGUACACAAUGAUACAUACAUACUGUUCUACGCUGUGUUCUAAGACUCUUGGAUCCAAACUUCUGAUGUGUUCUGUUUCUAUUCCAAAAGGUCUUUGAUACAAACUGAAAAAGAGCAAUAUGUAUUUUUCCCGCAAAUAAGUAGGUGGACGAAAAGAUUCUGGGUCGGAUGUGAACUCGAUACUUGAUUGAAUGAAAGCUGCAUCUCUCUGAGCUGGAGCUGGAUGUGCACACUCUGGUGUAGUACACGCAGUACAACCUGUACUGUGUGUGGUGUAGUACACGCAGUACAACCUGUACUGUGUGUGGUGUAGUACACGCAGUACGACCUGUACUGUGUGUGGUGUAGUACACGCAGUACGACCUGUACUGUGUGUGGUGUAGUACACGCAGUACGACCUGUACUGUGUGUGACGCCGUACGCAGUACAAAGUGUUGUACUGCGUAUGUGAAGUACUUGUUUCUUAGCUCGUCUAAAAGCCCAACCUGAAUCAUCUGCUUUGAUGCAUAUUUUAACCUAGUUGAAUCACAAACAUAUCAAGACAAAAUACUGAACACAAAUACUUGAAUCAUACAGCGCCAAUAACAUAAUGUGAAGUCGUUCAUUUUGUUGUCUCAAUCGGACAGGUACACAUAGGGGCUUUUAGAUCUAUCAAAAAUGUAUUUCAUUACGUUACCAAGUAGAAAAAAGCAGUAGUCCGUGUGCUUGCCGUGUGAAUGUGACUGUGAGGAUGUUUGUUUUGUUUUGUCCAAACUUUUCUGCUUGACGUUGUUAUUAUCUAAUGUUGCACUGAGUGUCUUCUACCCCUCGCUCAGCUAAUCGUUCAAAAGGAGUCAAAGUACAGAGGGGGGACCGUGACAAUUCACGUGUACAUGUUUACUCAAGGACUUACGGAUUUUAUUUCAUUCUAUAUGUAAAAAUAUCUACCUUAUAGUGGCUUUUAUUGUGGAAUAAUCCAACAUAAGGAUUAUAAGUAUUGCACCACUUUGUUCCAGUUCAAUAUAAAAAGUAUAAAAAAAUAAUAAAGAAUAAAAAAUAUCUAAAAAAAAAAUACAAAAAACUUAAAAGCCUAAAAACAAAAAGAACUGUGGCCAUAGCUAGCUGUAGAAAGACUAGUAAAUCCCUGUUACUUCUUUGAAAAAAAUGUUAAGGGAUUCAAGGAGAUAACAGAGCAGGAGGUGAGUUUGCUCCAGACUCAUUUCAGAGGUGCCUAUCUUUUCAUUUGUUCUGCUAAAGCCACCUGUCGUUUACAAGCAUUUCAUUUGUCUAGAGUUUAAGGACUUAGACAGAUACAACAGCAAUGUUUAAAAAACUAAACAAACAGUUCAUCUUCCAUCAAAAAUGGACAUAAAAUCUUAAAAUGAAGAUUUUUGCUACUUAAGAACUCUGGGAUUGAUCAGUGUUGUCAUAUUUGGAUUUAUAAUUUUUGUGUCGAUGGACUAUCUCUGUAUUUGUGAAAUGUUUUUACUUUGUGUAAGCAGCAUUUUGCUUACGAUCUUGCACACUCAUAAAAGAUGUGGAUUUUGUCUCAGGAAGGCCAGGGUUCCAGUUACCAACUCCAUCACGUUUAUGUUUUUUCUUUAUGUGAAAAGAGCAACUGAAGACCCGAGCGGCGUGGAGGUUGGACAGAAUCGAGAACCAUUUUGUUUGAAAUUAAAGUUUGUAGCAAGUUACAUAAUUACCAAAUAAGACUGAGAAUCAACUUGGAGAAGUGGUGUGCUUUAUGUGAAAUCUAAGUAGAAAUCGCUUUACAUGAAUAUGAACAGUCUGAUUGUCAAAAGACGUCGACAUAAAUGCGUUUGUUUGUCUUUUCAGAUGUUGUUUUGUUUUUUUCCUGUUUGUUCUGGAGCAUUGUGCAAGUUCAGUUUGAAUCAGCUCUCUGCCUGUUUAGCCGAGAGUUUUAUUAUAUAUUUUUUUUUUUUUUUUUACAUGUUCCGCGGGUUUUCAGAGGAGGAUGGAGAGAGUUCAGAUGGUUUCUAAAAAGAUCAUGAUCUAUGCACAAGUGGGAGGGGCCGAGUCCGGGCCGCAGACUGUGGACCUGUGUGCUCGGGGGGGAGGGGGGGGGUUUCCUGUGGGUUUGUGUUGUCGUUUUUUUUCUCACUCUCCUUCGACCCAUCCCCUCCUCCCGCCACUUCAUUAUUAUCUCAUGUUUUUGCUCUUUACAUUGUGACGCCAUGCUGUGUAAUUUAACCAAUGAGCGCUUACUUUCUGCUAAAGCACUGUGGGUUAUACUGACAAAAGCCCAUGACCUGUUUGUUUUUUUU